AUGGCGAAGGAUUGUAAAGUGAAAUUGAAGAGCUCAGAUGAUGAAAUGUUCGAGGUUGAUGAGGCCGUGGCAUUUGAAUCUGAAACAAUCAAGAAUAUGAUUGAGGAUACAGGCGUGGAGAGCGUCGUGCCCUUGCUGAAUGUGAACAGUAAGAUUUCGGAGUUGGAUGUGAAGACGUGGGAUAAGGAGUUCGUGAAGGUGGAUCAAGCUACCCUUUUUGAUAUUAUACAGGCUGCAAACUAUCUGAAUAUAGAGAAUCUUCUGGACUUAACGUGCCAAACUGUAGCUGACAUGAUUAAGGGCAAAACACCAGAAGAGAUCCGAAUGAUAUUUAACAUAAAAAAUGACUACACUCCUGAAGAGGAGGAAGAAGUCAGGCGUGAAAAUCAAUGGGCCUUUGACUAA